AUGCUGCUGGCCCCUCUCCCAUGUUUCCCCCUCCACACACACACACACACACACUCACACUCACACUCACACGACGCGCGCGUUGAGUGCUUCUUCACUGCUCGGCCUCCUCCCACCCGUCUCGCGCCCCAUUCCCGUUUCUCUCUGUCCUGUUUGGGUCAAGCGAAGCUUUUCUCUGACGCGCUUUUGCAGCUGUUCCCUCUUGAUUCCCCUAUCACGGCUUCCCCGUCCGGUCGACCGGUGUGUAACCAUAGGUCGACUCUUUGCGCGCCCAAAGCUCGGCCAAAAGUCUCAACGACACGCGAAUCCGUACUGUACCAGCUAGGCCCGGCUGCCCACGCGCCUCCUCGACGCAGCGCUCCGCAGCUCCGCCCGACAAGCACACAAGUACCUCACCUCUCUUCGCCUUGGGGAUACGUGAUUCGACCCAACUUCACCCACCCCCAUCGCGACUCGCAAACCCCAUCUACCUUCCGCUUUACAGGUCAACCCGCGCCGAGCUUCGAGCACCAACCCGGAGGACCGCGCAUAUCCACAGCUGCAGCAGGGCGAUCGAGAAACGUCUUUGCCAGUUCGACGCUACCCUCUCCUUGGACUAGACGUUGGCCAUUCCUGUGGGACCCGCAAACGCAGCCACCCUCAUCCCGCUUUUUUCCAAGUCUCUGUGCCAAACUCAACCCGGGCAAGGCAUCCUACAGGCCACCCCAGGAAGAUCCGUCAUAG